GUACACUGCCAAUGGAUGCAAAGCCGUCCUCUAUCUCACCACUGAUGCUCGUUCAGUAGAGCUUUGUUGUGCUCAGGCGGCAGCCAGCCGGGAGCAACUAGUUUGCGUCCUACACAUCCAUUAUUAUCGGGGAGCAGGACGAUGAAUUGCAAAUUACGGUGAAACGACGGACGGCAGAAUGGACGAUCCGUACGAGAGUGAAGAACUUGUAAGGGUGGAGGAUGGAAAUCGCCCCUCAAGGAAAGGAUUUUUCAUCUUAGAACCGCCGAUUUUCCUUGUAUUAUUCGCACUGAACGUAUCAUCUGCGGUAUUCACUGAUCAGCUGGUAUAUCAAGCGUGCACAGUUUCACUCGGUAUCAACCGCACCGAGUGCGAUAAGCUCGGGAAAGAGUAUGAAUCUCCUGAAGUACAAGCCCUGGAGGCGCGGGUGCAACCCUACUCGGCGGAUAUACUGAUGGCUGAGUCGCUGGCGGAUUCCAUUUUGCCGGCCUUUAUGAAUCUAUUCAUAGGACCGUGGUCGGCUCGGUUCGGCCGGAAACCGGUUCUUCUGUUCACCUUCACCGGCUGUAUGUUGUCUCAUCUGUUCAUAGCUGUGAUUUGUGCUCUGUCGAGCUGGUACCAGCUAGAUCCCUGGUACUACGCCUUAUCAUUUGUGCCUUCUGCGCUGUCUGGUGCUACAUGUACGAUGCUAACGAGUGUGUUUUGCUACAUAGCUGACGUUACCAGCGAGCAGGAGCGUGGGAAUAAGAUGUCCAUUAUGGAGGCAGCGCUGUAUAGCGGGAUGCUUGUAGGAAACAUCAGUAGUAGCUUCAUCCUAAGAGUGACGAAUGCCCUCACGGUGUUUGUCAUUUCGACCAUAUCGGCAAUACUAGCCGUACUCUACAUAGCAUUAUAUAUAGAGGAAAGUGUUCAAAUAACUGCAGAGGACCGACAGGAAUCGUGUUGUUCCAAGUUGGGAUAUCUUUUUCGUCCAAGAAUGGUGCUGGAUACCUUAAAGACCUGCUUCAGUUGGAGAUCCAACUACGGCAGGGCGAUUAUUUUACUGGGAAUUCUUACUCUGGGAGGCAACAUAUUUGCCUUUGAGGCCAACAACACCGUAUUCUUUCUGUUCGUGCGGAAACAGUUCAACUGGGCCGUUAGAAAGUACUCAUACUACGCUUCUGCUGAAACGGUGCUCCUGGUGUUGGGUAACCUAUUGGCGACUUACGUGUUAGAGAGGCUAAUUGGAUUAACCGAGGCUGCCAUUGCCUCGAUUGGAUUUUUCAGCUGGAUGCUAAACAGUAUUGUUAUCGCAGUGGCUUCCGAACCGUGGCAUUUGUACUUGGCAAUCGUGAUUUGCAUGCUCAAAGGUGCCACGGAUCCGAUGACCAGAUCAUUCAUAUCCAAAGGGGCAUCUCCGGAUGACGUAGGGAGCAUAUUUUCGUUCUCGUCGACUUUCGAAGCACUGAUGCCGCUGGGAGCUGCACCGUUGUAUACCAAUGUGUAUAAACAUACCCUUAGUUGGGAUCCUGGAGCAUUUAGUUGGAUCAGUGUUGCAGUGUAUGGUUUAUGCUACUGUUUAACCAUGAGUGUUUGCGUCCUACAGUUCAUGAGGCAUCUUUCAACUUAUCCAUCCAUAGACUGAUAUUCAUAGUUUAUUUUUAUUUUUUGUGUUUUGUGUAAUGUUGUUAAGUUUAUUGAUGCAUGAAGUUGUUAUGGCUUAGGCUACGAAAAUACCUAUGUUCCAAAGUCUUUUUGAAAAUACAGUAUGUAAAUAUAUUAUUUCGAAAGUCA